AGAACAUGAAAGGUUAGUCUAAUACAGAAUUAUUUAGAAGCCUGUGUCCAGAGGGCUUCUACUGGAACGUUCUCAUUGCUCCUUGAAGGUUGAUAAGGGGAGUAUUAGCAUUGUGACUUACAGAUGAGGAAACAGGCUCUGAGUGGGGUCCACAGUGCAGCCUGAGGCACAUCUACUGUGCUUUCCCUGCAUCCUGCUUAGCAGGGAGGCUGUGGAUCAGGGGUGGGAUUUCCCAAGAGCAAGCUCGUUGACUGUUUUGAAUCUCUGAGGUCCCAUAAGAUUGACUUCCUCUUUUCUGUAAUGGUGUAGGCACAUGAAGGUCAAGGGGUGUCCGCCCCCCAACCCCUGCCCUGGGGCUUAGAGAGUGCUGGCUGGUUAGAACCCCGCCUCUCAGGCAGGAGGAUUUUGACUAAAGGAGCAUCACACCAAGCUUUCUGGUGUUGUCUCCUUCUUAGCUCUUCUUGCCUAUAAAAUGCAGAGGACAGCGCUCCCCAGUGCCCUGCUUUCUGGAGUAUUAUGCGUGGGGGUGAGCGGAUGCCUCUGAGCACGCAGAAAUGAUGUGUGCCGUUUCCAGAGCAGCUCCUGUCCAUCGUGGGGUGACCGUGCAGAGGCCUGGAAUGGUUCUCCUUGGUCCGUGUCAGGGCUGUGGCCCUGCGUUUCCAUCAGCCCUGAAUGCUCGAGUGGCCUGAGCCCGGAGCCUGUCGGGGGCAGGGUGCAGGCAGUUGGGAGGCGCUGAGAAGACCUGGGUUUGGAGUCAGGAGACCAGAUCUCGUUCAGGCUCUGACACCAACUACCUGUACCGCCAGGAAUAAGUCGCUUAAGCUCCCCCACUUUAGUUCCCUCAAGUGGAAAACAAGGAAUAGUUAGCACGGCUCACUUCUGUGGCUGUUGGCAACUCCGAAGCCAGCUGAGCUUGAGAAUCUGAGUGUCUGACAGACCCCCUCCCGCUCUGACUUAGUGCUUGCUGUUGUAAUAGCAUCCUGACCUGGGAAGCGGACGUUGGUGUGUGUGCUGAGAUGCUCCCUGCGGGCAGAGCAGUUUCAGCAACACAACCCUGGGUACAGCCCUCAGGAAGAAGAAUAAGGAAUUUGUUAAAUUUGCAGUGAUGCAUCCGCCUAAGAAAACACUGUGUGACUUAUAAAAGUAUGAUUGUAGAAUAACAUGUAGUGAUACAGUAUAACCCACACAGGAUAAGUGUAAAUUCAGUUUACCAAACCAUGAUCCCAUUUUUGUAGAAAUAGAAAUAUAUAAAUCUGUGUGUAGAAGAAAGCUUGGAAUGCUUUAGGAAACAUGGGUAUCUGUGGGAGGCGGCUUCUUGAGGGAUUUGUUUUUCUUUGUGCUUAUCAGUACAUUCUAAAUGUCCUACUAGUAACAGGUGUUACUUUUGUAAAAAGAAAAAAGUUGUAAAAGUUACUUUAAAAUGUUUCAUCCUUUUUAACGGACACUCACGGCUUCCGGCUGCGUGUAGGGCCUCCUGAUGCCUCCAGAUACGGGAUAAAGGACUCUGUGUCCCCUUUGCCUCCCAGGAAAGGCAGCAGCAUGGCCAGCGUUCUGUCCCGGCGCCUUGGCAAGAGGUCCCUCCUGGGCGCCCGGGUGUUGGGGCCACCCGGGGCUGCCCCACCCUUGGAGCCUCAGGCAGAGCUGCUUGAGGGGGCGGCGCCCCAGCCCUUCCUUGCCUCUAAGGACACGUCCUGCCAGGAGCAGCCCAAGGAACUCCUCAAGGCUCCAGGCACCUCAGGCCUCCAGCAGGUGGCCUUUCAGCCCGGGCAGAAGGUUUGUGUGUGGUAUGGAGGUCAAGAGUGUACAGGACUGGUGGAGCGGCAUAGCUGGGCAGAGGAUAAGGUGACUGUCUGGCUGUUGGACCAGAAGUUACAAAUCUGCUGCAAAGUGGAGGAGGUGUGGCCGGCCGAGCUGCAGAGCCCCAUCCCCCAGGCGCCACCUCCCGAGCAGGGAACCCAGGCACCAGCCUACAGGCCUGUCUCCAGGAACAUUGAUGUCCCAAAGAGGAAGUCGGAUGCAGUGGAGAUGGAUGAGAUGAUGGCAGCUAUGGUGCUGACGUCCCUGUCCUGCAGCCCUGUGGUGCAGAGUCCUCCUGGGGUCGAGACCAACUUCUCUGCUUCCCGCGCAGCCUGUGACCCGUGGAAGGAGAGCGGCGACGUGUCGGACAGCGGCAGUAGCACCACCAGCGGGCACUGGAGUGGGAGCAGCGGCGUCUCCACCCCCUCGCCCCCCCACCCCCAGGCCAGCCCCAAGUAUUUGGGGGACGCCUUUGGCUCUCCCCAAACUGAUAACGGAUUUGAGACUGACCCGGACGCUUUCCUGUUGGAUGAACCAGCUCCCCGCAAAAGAAAGAACUCGGUGAAGGUGAUGUACAAGUGCCUGUGGCCCAACUGUGGCAAAGUCCUGCGCUCCAUCGUGGGCAUCAAGCGCCACGUCAAAGCCCUCCACCUGGGGGACACCGUGGACUCCGACCAGUUCAAGCGGGAGGAGGAUUUCUACUACACAGAGGUGCAGAUGAAGGAGGAAGCUACUGCCGCUGGCGGCUCCACCGUCGACCCGGCUCCCACCCCCAGCGUGACCAGCCCGCCCCUUGCCGUUCUCCCUCCGCCUCCUCCCAAAGCCCAGUCCUCAGGCCCAGAUCACCCUGGCCUGGAGUCCUACCUGCCCUCUGGUGCUCUCAGCAAGUCAGCUCCCGGCUCCUUCUGGCACAUUCAGGCCGACCACGCAUACCAGGCCCUGCCGUCCUUCCAGAUCCCCGUCUCACCGCACAUCUACACCAGUAUUAGCUGGGCCGCUGCCCCCUCUACGGCCUCCUCCCUCUCUCCGGUCCGGAGCCGGUCGCUCAGCUUCAGCGAGCCCCAGCAGCCUCCACCUGCCAUGAAAUCUCACCUGAUUGUCACUUCUUCACCCCGGGCCCAGAGCAGCACCAGGAAAGCCCGCGGGGAGGCUAAGAAGUGCCGCAAGGUGUACGGCAUCGAGCACCGGGACCAGUGGUGCACAGCCUGCCGCUGGAAGAAGGCCUGCCAGCGCUUCCUGGACUGAGCUGUCCAGCAGCCCUGCCCGGCGGCCAGAGGACAAAGGCAGACGCCUCCUAAGCCCUCAGCAGAAACCUAAAAGCUAAAGCGUGGACAUUGGGAGUUUGGGCUCUAUUGGCUAAGGUUUAAUACUUAAAACGUCUUUCCCUCCCUCACGGGAACGUUUUAUUUAAAACAAAACAAAACAAAAAAAAAACCCAUGAAAAUAUUUUCUUCCCCCCUAAAAUAGAAGAGAGCCAAAACUGACCAAGGGUAUUCUGCAGCGAACCAGAGACCAAAGAACUGAUUCCGCUCCCCUCCCCCCCCACCCGUCUCCCUAGGGGAUUAGUUUGUCCGUAAAGAAAGAAGGAACAGCUCAUUCUGUUUCCUGCUGAGGUGGUGAAUUCUUUGCUUUCUCCACUCUUCCAGAAGGGACUGUAAGCAAGAUGGAUUUACUUUUCUUUAAAAAAAAAAAAAAAGAAAUUUCUGGCUGAUGACUCAGAGAGCAGGGCCUGCCGAGGCUGGUGGGGGGGAGAGUGGGGGGAAUCUGGGGGCUUUGUAAGGUGCAGCCGGCCCUCUUCUCCGCCCGAAUGUGGGAGAAGGGAGACCUUGUCCUCACCCGUCAGCUUCCGUGGAAGUCGAAGGAAAACCAUUUUCCUGGUGAUGACUGUUUGAAUCCGGGUUCCCUGACGUUGAAUUGCAGCCCAACCGAUAUUGUAUGGCUUCUUCUCCAAGCCCAGACUCGUAGGUUUGUAAAGACUGUCCCCAAAUAGCUGAGCCAAAAGGCUUAAAGGAAUUCACGUUGCACGGUGUGGCAGUUAAACACUACCUUGAUCACCCUUUCCUGUUUCCUUGAGGAGAGACCAGAGGGUAUAUAUAGUAUUUGUGAGAGUUCUCCCCUGUUCCCCGAGUGAAUCCACUCCCCGCCAGCUCUGGAAGACACCCCAGAAACACUUUGUUUUCUGUUGCGGUGUAUUCAGAAGCCUCUUUCUGAUUAAAGAUCCCUUUUGUUUGGUUGAGA